GCACGACGCCUCUCGCAUCCUCCAGGAUCUCCUUCACUCCCUCUCUCUAUAUUCGCCUCGAUGCAUCGAGUUGCCCUUAGAUCUUCAGUCCGCGCAGCUGCGCUGGCCGCUGCUCCCAGGAGCGCAACUCGCAUUGCUCCCACCGCUUCUCGCUCCUACGCUACUGCGAAGGCUGCUGCCUCCGAAGUAUCAUCUAUUCUCGAGUCGCGCAUUGCUGGCACUCAAGUCGCCGCAAAUGUCGAGGAGACUGGCCGUGUUUUGAGCGUUGGUGACGGUAUUGCACGUGUCUGGGGUCUCCGAAACGUUCAAGCCGAAGAGAUGGUGGAGUUCUCUUCCGGCGUUCGUGGCAUGUGUCUGAACUUGGAAGCCGACAACGUUGGUGUCUCCAUCUUCGGUAACGAUCGUGCUAUCAAGGAGGGCGACACUGUCAAGCGUACUGGCCAGAUUGUCGAUGUUCCUGUUGGUCCGGAGCUUCUUGGGCGUGUCGUCGAUGCCCUCGGUAACCCCAUUGAUGGCAAGGGUCCCAUCAAGUCCACCGAGCGUCGCCGUGCUUCCCUCAAGGCUCCUGGUAUCCUUCCCCGUCGCUCGGUCAACCAGCCCAUGAUGACCGGUAUUAAGCCCAUCGAUGCCAUGGUUCCCAUUGGUCGUGGCCAGCGUGAGCUUAUCAUCGGUGACCGUCAAACUGGUAAGACUGCUGUCGCUAUUGAUACCAUCCUCAACCAGAAGAGGUGGAACGAUGGCAGUGAUGAGGAGAAGAAGCUCUACUGUGUCUACGUGGCUAUUGGCCAGAAGCGUUCCACUGUCGCUCAGCUCGUCCAAACUCUUGAGGAGAACGACGCUAUGAAAUACUCUAUUAUUGUUGCUGCUACUGCCUCUGAGGCUGCUCCUUUGCAAUACCUUGCACCCUUCUCUGGUUGUGCUAUGGGCGAGUGGUUCCGUGACAACGGCAGGCACGCUCUCAUCGUCUACGAUGACUUGUCGAAGCAGGCCGUUGCUUACCGUCAAAUGUCCUUGCUGCUUCGUCGUCCCCCUGGUCGUGAGGCUUACCCUGGUGAUGUCUUCUACCUCCAUUCCCGUCUGUUGGAGCGUGCUGCCAAGAUGAACGAGAAUUUCGGUGGAGGAUCUCUCACUGCUCUGCCCAUUAUUGAGACCCAGGGUGGUGAUGUGUCUGCCUACAUUCCCACUAACGUCAUUUCCAUCACUGACGGUCAGAUCUUCUUGGAGGCUGAGCUCUUCUUCCGUGGUGUCCGUCCCGCCAUAAACGUCGGUCUCUCAGUGUCCCGUGUUGGUUCCGCUGCCCAGACUAAGAUCAUGAAGAAGUUCGCCGGUUCGCUGAAGCUUUACCUUGCACAGUACCGUGAAGUUGCUGCCUUCGCUCAAUUCGGUUCUGAUCUCGAUGCUUCCACUCGCUUCUUGCUCUCCCGUGGUGCUCGUCUCACUGAGCUCUUGAAGCAAGGUCAGUACCAGCCCUUGUCCAUGGAGAUCCAGGUCCCCAUUAUCUACGCCGGUGUCAACGGUCUUUUGGACUCCAUUGCCGUCGACAAGAUCACCAAAUGGGAGGCUGAGUUCCGUGCACAUUUGACUGGUGCUCAGGGCCCUCUCCUCACAGAGAUCUCUGCCGGCAACAUCACACCUGAAAUUGAGGCUAAGAUUAAGAAGGUCGUCGAGGACCAUGUUGCUACCUUCACCUCCUAAGUGAUAGAAUUGCAGUAGACCUUGCGGACGGAUGCAACCCAAAAGAACCUCUGUUGUUUAUUGCUUACUCUUACUAUCCUUGACGCAAUGAAAAUGACGGUGUCGCUAGCUGUCGUCGUCUAAUUCCUUCUAUCCAGUGCUAUCAUUUUUGUGUGAGGAGUUGCUGCAAUAUAUAUACAGGGUGGUAGUGUCUAUGCUAUGGACCAAAGUUAGACGUUCUCCUAUGGGUCUACCUGACGACCUUUUACGGGUUCAUACCAAAAUCUGCCGCUGCUUCACUCAUCAACCAGAAAUGUCAUGCAUUAUUAUCCUCUUCCUCAGAAGGCUCAUCGAAAAUAUACCCCCCAUCUUCAUACUCAUCGUAUUCCUCGUCAUCAUCGCCCUCGUCCAUCGCGCGCUUCAGCUAACAUUCGUCGUCAGUAUAUCGAGCGUAAUGCUGCAAGUGAACAUAACAUACCAUCUCCAGAAGCUCAUGACACUCAUUCAGGUGAGCCAUCACGAUACCUUGACCCUCCGGAAUCGAUCCGUCAUGUCCGAUAAAUUUGCCGUCCUUGCGCAUGGAGUCGAUUUGGUGCAGAGCGAGUUGGUACUAUGAAAGGUGGAUUACUACGCAAUUCACGAUUACAUAGAGCGGCGUGGGACUUACAGGGUAUAGAUCUCGGGGAGUGAAAGGACCGCCAUAUUUAAGCACUUCAUUCAAGCACUUCUUCACCGUCGAUAGUUUGUUUGCCUGACCACAAUGUUAUGAUUAGUAUACAUGACAAGAUGCCAGUAAGUGAGGGCUU